AUGGAGAGGCGAUCCGUGGUGUUUCGCAUCUUGAUCCCGCUCUACCUCCUUCUCAGCGUCGUCGCUGCCCUCUGCUUUGGAUCAGCUCUCAGCUUCUCGCUGCAGAAUGCUGCGACGGGCGCAGAUUUGGCCAAAAGGAGCACUACGCAAGCCACCGGAGUCGUAGCCGAUGCGACUUUUUACCCGUACGCCAACAUCUCUACAGCUCUCGUCGAUGGGCCGCGGCUGAAUGCGCCAGCUCCGAGCCUCCUAAGCAGCUUUCCUGCAGCAGUCGCUGGAUGGGGAGCGAACAACUUUGCGACGCCCGACGAGCCGCAAAUGGGUUUGACGGGUUAUCGAUUGCACGAUGCGCCCAUCGAAAGCGAUCGCUUCGAAGGGAUUGCCAAGGUGGCUGGAUUCGACGUCGUCGUGGAUUGCGGCAUGGCAGACGACGUCAACAUGACGGUGACCAAUCUGGUCGGCUUGCUUCCCGACACAGAUCAGGGCCCCUCGCUUCGGCUCAACUUUACGAUGACGAGUCGUGCAGUGCCCAUCCCCUCGGCAGGAUCACUACCUUCCACACCUCAAGACGUCACCUUUCAAUUCACCGACGACGUCUUUUUCCAAUCCUGCCAGACCGCGACCAAUGCGCACACGCGCAUCCUGAACCACUGGAACGGCACCUUUUUCGCAAACUUGCCCCGCACCGCUUGGUUCUAUCACAUUUCCGACGAGAGAAAUCCCUUUUGCGCGCCGAUCUACGAUGCGAGGGGCAAUACGGGAGAAUUGUUGCGCGUGGACCUUAGCGCUUUCAACCAGAGCGAUGUGGCAAACACCAAUUGGAACGUCCAAGCUUUCGGAUGCACGCUGCGCAGCGUACCUUUGACAGAUUUGGAAGUGGACAUGAACACUGCCGCUCUGCUUCCAUCUUCCCGUGCCGAUCGCUCGUCGCGCUACAGCACGCGAGAGUGGCAUCAAGGCACGAGCGCGGGCUGGGCGCCAGCCUUGCAAAACUUCUCCUCUUGGCCCACACCGCUGGAUAGCUGGAGUCAGGCUUUCGAUCUGAGUUUGAGUUGGUACGCUUCGAGCGUUGCUGGAAGACCUUUUAGAGAUUGCAUGGCUCGCAAUGGAAGCACGUGCCAUGCGGAUACGCUCAUGGAGAGCAACAUUCGACGAGCACUCGCGUUCGACGCUACCAAGCUGCUUCAAGCGAAUCAAGAUGUGACGGUGGGAGAGUUUGGCACCUUGGCGCGCGGACAAAACACCCUGGCCACGUUGGAAGAGUACCUGUCCAACGUGACUGCGCAGAUCUUUAAAACGUACGCCGACGAAGCCUACCACGUCACCCUUCCCUAUCGCGUUUCGGAGCCGGAAAAUCAGAGGAAUAGGAGCUAUGCGGCUUUGCACAGCUUCAAGGCGCAGUAUAGAGGAAGCACACCCCUCGACGGUAUCAGCGUCAGGUUUCAGGUGCUCCUUUGGCCAACUGUGCUCGGAUUCGUCACCAGCCUUCUCGCUGCUGCCUUGGCCAUCUUUGUUGGGUUUGCGCGGUGA